AUGAAGGCUUUGCUCCUCCCAUGCUUCGACGGCAAGGACCCUCGAAGUGAGUCUGGCUCUGGUGUGUACCACAUCCAUCCCAUGGACGAUACUCUCCCGAGGCAUCAAGUGCUGAACCGACAAGACCCACCAGAAGAGAAAUACUACCAGGUCUUCUAUGACCAACCCGCACCAAUGCCGCCGCCCCGCGCGCAAAGACGGCGGGCGUCAUCCAUGGGAAAAGUGCGGAAGGAGAGCAAGAGGGCCGCAGCGAAGCAAGCAGAUAUGGGCUGGAUCGACCGGAAUUUUCGCUCUGGCAAGAGGAAAGCGCCUCGACCCCUGAUAUCGGACCCCUUCAACUUCCAGCACACCGGGACGGGAGCUGUGAGCUUCAUGACCUCGGCGGCAGACUUGCCUCGAUCCGCUCCAGCGUUCCGGCCCCUCGAGCUGAGCAUCUACCAAUCAAACGACCAAAUAUCACCCUUGAUGCCAUAUUUCACACGUGCUGCAGCCACUCCCUCACCACCUCCGCGGGCUCUCACCAGGGAGACCUUUGACGAAGAUGCUAGCACACUCGCCCACUCAAGGAGCUACUCGUCACAGUCUUUCCACAUACCAAGACGUCCUCUGAACGAUGUGGCGUCAUUCACAACUGGGACUACCAGCAGCACCGGAGACAGUCCUCCGAGGAUACCACCACGUGCUCGCACGCGACCCCGAGCCUAUACCUCGCCGAGUGUGGAAGCCAUCGUGGAGCGUAUCGCAGGCGCAAUGAUCGAGAAAGAGAGGCUGGAGGAGGAGAUCGAGUCGGUCAAGGAGCGACAGAGCUUCUGCCUAAGCCGGCCGGGCUCUGUAUAUGGCCUGCCUGAAGAUGAAGAAGAGCCCAUGCCUCCCGUCCCGCUGAUGCCACCUUCCGGGCCGUCAUUUGCGGAACGCCUCAGCAUCGACCGCCCUCGAACCGCACCCUCGACGCGCUCUACAUUUGAAAUCAGUGCUUUCCCUCCUCCCCCACCACCACAAGAACAGUAUCGCACUCAAAGUAUCGACGAAUCAAGAGCUCAGCAUGCUCCGCCCUCGGCGCCGCCCAGGCCUGUGGCCGCGUCCGCAUUCAACUCCCAUCCUCCAUGGCGCAGCCCCAAGAUCAUUGACAACAGCCACAGGCGGGACGUCUCACUCGACAGCGUGACCAACGCACCACGCGCACUUACUGAUCGCGAAGGCUUCUACCAGACCCUGCCGCCAUCCGCCGUCUUCUCCGGACGGAGGAGCAGCUUUGGCUCCAUGUCCGACAUCACACGAAGCCAGACGCACUCGGUGUACUCGACCGACGAAGACCCCUUCGUCGGCCCUGGGACUGGCACAGCCACAUCCAACUGGAGUCCUGGGAGCGAGCACAGCGGAGGCUUAGCAGUCAAAUUCCAUGGUUUGCUCAAGGGACCGAUAGCCAUGGGUCUCUGGGACAGCCUGAAGGACACGGCCAAUAUGGCGCGUGGCAGAUAUAAGUACAGCCCCCUCGCGAACCGCAACCCAGCGAGGGAGGCCCAGCAGGCCCUCGGCUUCUGGUCAAACCGCCAUCGGACAGUCUUGAAGUGCACAAUGGCCGCCCUGGCACUCCUUGUGUUCUACCACCUGGCCACCGCCACUGCGCGCGUGGUGAGGGCCGUCAACGAGUCCAGCUGCGAUACCGUCGCCAACGGCUUCCAGUGCUCACCUGAGAUCUCUCAGUUCUGGGGCCAGUACAGCCCCUACUUCGCCGUGCCCUCGGAGAUAGACAACGCCGUCCCAGAGCAGUGCACCCUCACUUUCGUCCAGAUCCUCAGCCGGCACGGAGCGCGUGACCCCACGUCCAGCAAGACGGCCGUGUACAACUCGACGAUCCAGCGCAUCCAGAGCUCCGUGUCCAGCUACGGCGCUGGCUAUGAGUUCAUCAAGGACUAUGUCUACACCCUGGGCGCGGACCAGCUCACGACUUUUGGCCAGCAGGAGCUGAUCAACUCGGGGACCAAGUUCUACGAGCGAUACGGGGCCCUGACGCGGGACGAGAUCCCAUUUUUCCGGUCCUCGGACCAGGACAGGGUCGUCGAGUCCGCGCAGAACUGGACCCAGGGGUUCCACCAGGCCCGGCUGGCGGAUGCGAAGGCCGACGGGUCCGACAGCUUCCCUUACGAUAUCGUGACGAUUUCCGAGGAGGACGGGAUGAACAACACCCUCAACCACGAGCUGUGCACGGCAUUUGAGGAUGGCCCGGUUUCCGAGAUCAAGGACAACGCGAAGAGCAUUUGGAUGGACGUGUUCACGCGCACAUCACGGCCCGGCUGA